AUGUACAUGCACACACACGUGCCAGCCCGUUUCAGGAGACUGCCUGCUUCAGUUGCUGUGUUUUGUGAACAGUAUCAUCGUUUAAUUAAGCAGCUUCAGGCCCAAGAUUAUGGGCCUGAACUUCCCAAGAAGAGGAAGAAAGGAGGUCUCUUGCUAGAGCCAGAUGAGAAAGAGGAAGAAAAGGCUCAGCAGAAUGAAGAGGAGGAAGAGGAAGUGGAUAAUGUAGAGCAGAUGGAAAGAAACAGAGCAGAAGAAGAAAAAAAGAAAGAGGAUGCUCUCUGGGCCAGUUUCCUUAGUGAUGUGGGACAGAAACCCAAAGCAGGGGCUACCACACAAGUGACGCAAGCUAAGAAGGCUGAAGAAGAGAAGAGUGGGAAGAAGCUUCAGGAGAAACCAAAAGAUUCAGGAAAAGUGACAAUCACCAAAGUGUUCGAUUUCGCUGGUGAGGAAGUCAGGGUGACUAAAGAAGUGGACUCAAACUCAAAAGAAGCUAAAUCUUUCCUGAAGCAGCAAGAGAAAUGGCAGUCAGCAGCUCCAACUUCUCUCCCGACAGUCUCUGGGGUGAAGAGGCCAAGCGGUAUGAGCAGCCUCCUGGGGAAGAUUGGCUCCAAAAAGCAGAAGAUGAGCACACUGGAGAAAUCUAAACUGGACUGGGAGAACUUUAAGGAGGAGGAAGGAAUUGUGGAGGAGCUGGCAAUCCAUAACCGAGGGAAAGACGGGUACAUCGAGAGGAAAGCAUUCCUGGAGCGUGUGGAUCACAGGCAGUUUGAAAUUGAACGUGACAUCAGACUGAGCAGUAUGAAGCCCUGAUGUGCCGGGUGUGGCCGCGGGGGAUCCUGCUCCCAGCCAGCUGCCCGCCUCCGCUGGACCACCAGGCACAGAAACCGUUCUCUACCCAAGACUCAGCCUGUAUGUCUCAACGUACAGGUUUUUCCUUUUACUGUAAUAGUUUGGGGAGGGUAUUUGUCAGUGGGCAGGGGGCACUUUGAGCAUUAAAUGGCCCAGCAGGUGACAGGAGCGACCAGCAUGAUUCUGGCAGGCAGCUUUCCAAGGAGAAGAGAUUGGUGGCACCCAUCGUUUGUCAUCCCUGGGCACUCCUGGCAGCAGGCGGAGCUGCCGAGGCUGGGAGGGUGCUGGAGCCUGGUGAAGGCUGGGCUGGCAUAUUUGGUUGCGCGAGCGGAGCUGCGGGAAGGCUUUGUGGCUGCUGUGCGUGCGUAAGCUGUGGGUUGGAGCCCUUCUCCCUGCCCCAACAGCCCCGCAGUGCUCCCUGCCCCUCCACGCUGUGCUCUUGCCCGGACAAAGCCGAACUGUCUGUACUUGUUUGUGGGGUCUGAUGAUGCUGGGGGGGUUUAAGCAAGCCGAUGAAGAAAACCUUCCUUGUUCACGCUGUCAAGAAGAUGGGAGCAGCUGCAGCAGGGGUGUUCACGUGAAUAAAGUAUUCCAUCC